GAAGCAGCAGCAGACAGAGGUUUUUCGUCGUCAGUCGAGAAAAGCGAGUUGAGUGGAGUCCGUAAAAGUCGCAAUCCCCAUCUUUCCGAGUCCGAGUGGUCGUCCAACUCCUCUGAAAAGCAUCAGAGUUACUUUUGCUCCAGUUGUUGGGACAAUAUUUUAUCAGUGAUCAUGAUUGGCGCGACCAUAUUCCUUUUUUGCACGGAAUUCGGAUACAUUUUGAUGCAGUGGAAAGUGUGAAUUUGUGGUGAUUUCGGUGGAGCGAAAGUGAUGUUUUCGGGUGUGUAUCCAGCCCCGUUUACUGUGAUGGAAAAAAUCUGGUUCUCUUCCGACAAAUAACCAGCAUCCAGCAGCAGAAGCGAAAAAAGAAGGAAGUGAAUCUUGUUGGUUGGGAAAGUUUUGUGUCUGGCAUCUCCCAGCCUUUUUCUACGGACCAGCGUCUGCCGGGGAGGGGAAAAACGAAGAAAAAAGAAAAAUCAGUGGCAGGGGGAGAUUUUGCGUACUGAAACAGCGGCCAAUGGUGGCCCACGGAUUACCUCUACGGAAUCCGGAAGUAACGGGCUCAGUUCUGGUUUCAAGUUUGUGUGUUUGAUUCUUCGGGGGAUUCGAAGCUGCUGGAAUAUGAAGAAGUAAUGCUGUUCGACUAAUGUAAGAAGAAGCUUCGUUUUUGGGGUGCUUUUGGUGUGAUUACAACGCCGGAAAUAAGAAUCCGUAAGAAAAGUGAUUGCUGUGGAAUAAAAUAUCGUCUUUAUCUUGCUACUGAAUUAUGAGAUAUUCUUGGAAGAAUUGAUUGAUAGACCGAUUAUACCGGGUAGAGUGUAUUGAAAACGCAGGGAAGUGAAGAAGGAAGUGUCUCGAGGGGAGGGGAGUCUGGAAUGCAGGCGACUCGUUUCGAGCGCAGAAGUUUCUCCCGUUUGCUUGUUGUUUGUCAGCAGUUGUGUUGCUUCUGCUUCUGCUAUUAAAGGAAACCUACCAGUAAGGCCGCCGCCAUCUGCCAAAAAAUGGGAGCUCAGCAGGUGAAGGAGCGUUCCUCCGGUGGCGGGGGUGGAGGGGCAGGCAGUGGACCAACUAGCUCAUCGCUGGGGCUUGCCGGUAGUUCGAUUCGUUCCAGUCGGAACAAGUCUCGGGUUCCCAAGGACUCGCGCAUUCUAGGAUCGAACAUCUUUACGGAACAUAGUGAAGCAUUGCUACAAUCUCGUCCAUUACCACACAUCCCACCACCCGGCAGCAUCAUUCCCGGCGAUGUACUUGCUCAAAGCCAAGAUGGCUCGGAAAACCACACCGGAACGCUUCAUUCCCAGGGUAGUUCAAAUACGGCUCAAUCCAGUUUCGAGAAUGCACAUCGGUGGACAUCCAAAGAGAAUUUGCUGGCUCCCGGACCGGAAGAGGACGACCCACAACUUUUUGUUGCACUAUACGAUUUUAAAGCAGGUGGUGAAAACCAAUUAAGUUUACGAAAGGGAGAACAAGUCCGGAUAUUAUCCUACAACAAAUCCGGAGAAUGGUGUGAAGCUCACUCCGACUCGGGUCACGUAGGGUGGGUUCCUUCAAACUACGUCACUCCGCUAAAUUCACUAGAAAAGCACUCCUGGUAUCAUGGGCCGAUUUCGCGAAAUGCCGCCGAAUAUUUGCUUAGUUCCGGUAUUAAUGGAAGUUUUCUGGUGCGAGAAAGCGAGAGUUCUCCGGGACAACGUAGUAUAAGUUUACGGUACGAUGGACGUGUCUACCACUAUAGGAUAUCGGAAGAUUCCGAUGGCAAAGUGUACGUAACUGCAGAGGCUAAAUUUAAUACCCUUGCCGAACUGGUACAUCAUCACAGCGUACUUCACGAGGGCCAUGGACUGAUAACGCCACUGCUUUAUCCGGCACCAAAGCAGAACAAACCGACAGUAUUCCCUCUGAGUCCUGAACCGGAUGAAUGGGAAAUCUGCCGAACGGACAUAGUGAUGAAACAUAAGCUAGGAGGCGGUCAGUACGGAGAAGUGUAUGAGGCUGUGUGGAAACGGUACGGGAAUACGGUAGCGGUAAAGACACUCAAGGAAGAUACAAUGGCACUAAAGGAUUUCCUAGAAGAGGCUGCUAUAAUGAAGGAAAUGAAACAUCCGAACUUGGUGCAAUUGAUUGGUGUCUGUACAAGGGAACCACCAUUCUACAUCAUCACCGAAUUUAUGAGCCAUGGCAACUUGCUGGACUUUCUUCGCUCGGCUGGCCGAGAAACUUUAGAUGCCGUGGCGCUACUGUACAUGGCUACUCAGAUAGCAUCCGGUAUGAGCUAUCUGGAAAGUCGGAACUUUAUUCAUCGAGAUCUGGCUGCUAGAAACUGCCUCGUAGGCGAUAACAACCUCGUGAAGGUGGCUGAUUUCGGGCUGGCCCGAUUAAUGCGAGACGACACCUAUACGGCUCACGCGGGUGCCAAAUUUCCUAUCAAAUGGACUGCUCCAGAAGGCUUAGCAUAUAACAAAUUUAGCACCAAGUCGGACGUUUGGGCAUUCGGUGUGCUGCUAUGGGAAAUAGCCACAUACGGCAUGUCGCCGUAUCCCGGAAUAGAUUUAACGGAAGUAUUUCAUCGAUUAGAAUCUGGAUAUCGAAUGGAAAGGCCGCCCGGUUGUCCUCCGGAAGUUUAUGAACUAAUGAGGAAAUGUUGGCAGUGGAAUGCUCAGGACCGACCAACCUUCAAAAGCAUUCACCACGACCUAGAGCACAUGUUUCAGGAAUCAUCUAUCACUGAAGCGGUAGAGAAACAGCUCCAAGGUGUUGCCCAACCUGUACAACUCACACCACAGAUGGCGAAGAAGCCUCAGAUGGGCACGCAACAGGGACCUCAACAUGAGCCAGUCAUCACUCCAAUAUCGGACACUGGGUCCAACUCAAAGCUCAGCACAUUUCCGAACAAACCGGCUACAACUGGGGUGCAAAUGCGGCGCACUACCAACAAACGUGGCAAAACAGCGCCUGCCCCACCGAAGCGAACGAGCUUACUCUCUUCUAGUCGUGAUUCAACAUACCGGGACGAGGACAGUGGAAAGACUGGCGAAGGCGACCAAAACACAAACGGUAUAAUACCAAUCACAAAAUCGUCCUCUUGCAGUAGUUUCCUUAUCGAUAAGCUGUUUCGAGGAUUUUCCCGAGAUCUCGCCAAUUUGGUCAAUCGAACGACGGACUCCGAAAACGAGCAAACGGAAAUCACACCUGACACCGAUACUGAUAGUCAAGAGCCAUGUGGAAACUUCCAGAAGUCAUCGUCGCAGCAAAGUUCCUUCAAACGCGUCCCAAUCAUGGGCAACCGGGGUUUGGAAACGCGUAGCAGUAAACGUUUACCUCAAGGAGCUCCUCGGAAAGAUCAAAACGGACCAGUUAGUGGGCAGCCGCCUACCGGAAUAACGAUAAAUGCCGCCGGCCAGCCAGUAGUCGGUGCUUUGGAAGUCCAGAAUGUGAAGAAAGCUAUCAAUCGGUAUGGAACUUUGCCCAAGGGAGCCAGAAUUGGAGCUUAUCUAGAGUCUCUGCGACAGACCGAUGGUUCAACUGGUCAACCGGUUCCACAACAGAUGCAAACUAAUUCCGUACCUCCAGACCCACCACCACCAAUGGCGGCGGCAAAUGUUAUAUCCAAUAGUUUACUAGCUGCUCAACGAUCAGCGGUGAAGCUUCAGCAACAACAACCUCAAAUGAUACGUAGUAACUCUUCCAGUGGGGUAACAAUGGCCAAUUCGGCAACUGCUAGUCUUUCAAAACUACAACGACACAGAACUACUACCGACGGCUCCAUGAUGACGUUCUCAUCAUUCCGGGGUACAGUAGGUAACAAUAGUCCCAAACGGUCAAUGCCACCAACGCUUGCCGACUUGGAAUUCCCACCACCACCAGUAGAUCUGCCUCCUCCUCCAGAAGAAUUUGAAGUUCAUAAUCUUCCAGGUCCUCCAGUGGAAAAGGUAAUGAAACCUUCAAAUGAUGUUUCCAAUACCGAACCAAGUGUGGAGGAAGCUAGUUCUAGGUUUGGCGUCAGUCUUCGGAAAAGAGAACCAUCCACUGAUUCGUGCAGUUCACUAGGUAGCCCAGCGGAUGCUAUUGCCCAUAAUAGCAUUGAACCGUCCGUACCCAUUCCACCACCCCCAAGCUUAAAAGAAAAGCUUGAAUCCAAGUUUGCAGCUGAAAUCAAAGAAAAAGCAAAUGUGCCAAAAACAGCAACAAACGUCGACAGUAAUCAUAAAACUAAACCCGAUCCCGCAUCACAAUUAGUCAGUGAGCUAGCGGAAAGCAUGAAUCUACCUAAACCUCCUCCGCCGUUACCACCGAAUGACGUGGCACAGCAUUAUAAAUCUUCAGAUGUAAGUUCACUGCGAAGGACAAAACCAGUCGAAAGUAAUAAUGUUGCAGCACCACCGCCUCCUGCAUUCAAAGCACAACUGAAAAAGAUCGAUCCCAAACGAAUCCCGAAUCAAAUUCCCAAGAAAGAGGAAACUAGCAAUAUAAUCGACUUUAAAUCGCGUCUUCGUAAGGUUGAAAGCAGUGCUGAAUCUGCCGCAGUGAGUAAUGGCACAAGUGCGAGUGAUUCAAAUGCGACGACCGGAAGUAGCGAUUCUAGCUCAGACAAUAAUAACAAACAUCAUUCUAACAAUGUGAACAAUAAUAACAGUAACAUUAUAAACAACAAUCAAUCAACCAAUGAUCACUCGAGCGAUAAUGAAAUAAAACCUAGAAAAAGCGAACUGCGGAAUGGGACAAGCAAAAAUGUUACAGGUUCGGAUGUAGCGAACAAGUUGCUACACGAAAACAAUGAGUUAAACAGUUUGAAACUUAAGAAAGCUUCCCCUUCUGUGGUCACGAGCGUGGCUCCAAUCGAUAGUAAUAAAAUUAUCGAGUUGAAAAAGACUGAAAUUAAAAUUGAACUUAGUCAAGAGGAUAGAAAGCGAGAGAGCUUAGAAGGUAAUUCGUUGAAAACAGAAGGGGCUGUUACUGGUGGUGAUAAUCUUUCAACCGGCAGCGGAGGUACCGCUGAUGAAGGAGACAAGCGGAAGAGUACUGGCAGUAUCAGUAGUUUGAAAAAGCUUUGGGAAGCAAAAGAGUCACCGAAUGAUCAAAGCUCUCAAUUGAGUCCAAAACUUGGUGUUAAAAGUGCGGCCAAUAUCAAGUUGAACAACAACCUCGAAGAUGAUAGCAAUGCCGUCAACAAUUCCAGUACAACUGCGAUCUCAACAACGAACAGCACCGCUGAAGACCAUCACCAAUCAAUGCAGCAGGUUUUUACUAAGAAGCCCGCAGUGCCGGUGAAACCGUCAAAGUUCUCGUCAAUAUAUGCUACUCCUGUACAAACUCAAGCUCCAGUCCCAACAGUAACCAACUCAACCAACAACACCACUACCACAUCGAAGUCAAACGAUAGCAAUAGUUCACUCCUCUCGGAAAAAUCGACAGCGUCGUCUUCUUCGGCCCCUUCAACUGCAAGUCGGGAGGGUAUCCUAGAGUUGGUUCAACUUCUCGAGGGUAAUCUCAAGAUGCCGGUAAAUUCAAUAUCUGCAUCACAAUGGGUGCAGCUAAGCGAACGUCUCAAUUCCCUACAGUCCAGUUGUGUCUCGUUCGCUGACAACGAAGCAUUACCGCCGCAUACCAAGUUCCACUUCCGGGAGUUAGUUACCCGGAUAGAGAACCAGUCGUGGUCACUGCGUUCUGCCGGCAGCAAGAACUUGCAGGACAAUGAGAAACUGGUGCUCGAAGUUGGUCAAUCACUGAAGCAAAUUUCGAACGCGCUGCACAGGGAUACUAGAACAGGCAGUCAUCAGUUGCCGAUUAUGGGCAUAAGCUAGAAGGGAAGGUGCAAUUUGCGCGUGCAUGGCAGUGAUUGGCCGACCAGAGGGAUAGACAUUCAAUCAGAAUGUUUGUGAUUAUUAUCCACUGCUAAUCAUGAGAGUGUUGUAGCAGUGAUACAGGUAUAUUAGUUGUCUUUGGCUAUGUAGCUACGCAAAGCGAUAUUUUCUAUUGCAAGUGCUUCACAAUUUAGAACUUUGCCUAUACAGAAUUUACCACUUUCUACUUGCUAUUGUAAUAAAAUCUCCUAACUAUCUAUGCAUGCUACUUGUACUCGAUUUUACAACGGAUCUUCUAAAUACCUACAGAUUUAAAUAUGCUAAUCAUGCGCCUGAAAUGUGUCACAUUAGAUUUGAAAUGUGACUUCAUGUGAGGUGCCAUAUUGUUUGAUAUUGAAUCCUCGUAAAAGCCAUUUGGACGAAUUAAACUAAAAAAUAGGGUAAAACCAAAUUUACAUCGAUUCAUCGAUUCACCAAUGUCGCAAUUUAAAACUGAAACUAACAUUUAAAGACCAGUGAGCACAAGCUGUAGAAUGGUGGAAUCUAGGAAUGUGAAAUGCCAUGGACCAUUGCCGUCGUGUUGAAUAUGAAGUGAAAAAUUAUUCACAAUCAUGUAUAAACCAGCAAUUAACGCUCAAUUAUAUUGCCAAAUAUAAAGUGAACUAAUUUUAAAUGAUUUUAACUGACACGUCUGAUAGUUUUUAACCAAUUGUAAACAUUGAAAGUAUUGAUGAAGCAAAACAUGAAAGAAUUAGGACUGAGAUUUUAUUAAGGAUGAAUUUUUAAAUGCAAUCUUUUCAAUUGUUUCAAUUUUAAUCGGAGUGCGUGGUUUUAGAUCCCUAUCUAAAAUCAGCUUUUUAUUAGAAGCAUGAUUAAAUAUGCUUUAUUUUAAGCCAAAGAGCUUAAGACUUGUGUUUUAUUUUAAAAACUAACCUUUUUGUGAAACACCUGGUUUGCAAUGAUUGACAUACAAUUAAAAAUGUUUUAGUUUUGGUGUUUCCGUGUAUACAUAUGUUAGCGUUUUCCAAUUGAACGAAUAAAACAUGCAAAAUAUACAACACCGUUGCAUCGAUGCAACAAUCCAAUCCAAUCGUGCGUAAUAUAAGUUAUUUAAAAAUAUCUCUAAAGGGUAACAGUAAAAUGCUAGUCGUAAACAUUUAUACACAUUAUCGAUAAUAGUGUUAUCACGAUCCAUACACGAGUAACGGAAAAAAGUAAUAUUCACGGGAUGCGUGAUAGAAUGAAAGCAACCGUUUUGACUGAUGUUGUCGUAUAGUAACGAAAGAAUGUAAGUAAAAUGAACAUUUUCCAUUGACCAGUCUUAAUAAUGAGGAGCCAAAACACUCUCAUAAAGACUAUGAGUUCAAACAUCAUCGUCUCUCUAGGAAUUUCAAAAUAAUCAAAGAAAGGAAAAAUCAAAUCGAGGCGUAUGAAAAGUUUAAUGGAUAUAUUUUUUGAUAAACUGAUAUGGUAAUAACAUUCAUCUUCAUAGUACAUUUUCGUGACAUUCAUUCGCGCUCAUACAGAAAUCGAACAAAAAGAUAUUAUUAAAUAAAAAUGUGAAUCAAAAUGAAGUUGGAAGUAACGAAUAACGUGACCGAACAGGCAAAAACGCAUGAUAAUAAGCGAACAUUAUUACUCAAAUAAAAAAAUGAAUAUAAGUGUAUUAGUGACUUUAUCAAAAGUAUGUGAACAUAUUAUCAAACUAGUAACGAAACAUAAAACCCAAGUGAAAAAGCGUGAUAUGAUAAAACAAAAAAUAUAUACACCUUCUCUUAGAAGAAAAGAGAAAAACAAAAAAAAAACACAUACAACACUAAAAUACCGAAGCAUGCUAGAACACGAAUGCAAGUUCGAUAACUUGCAGUAUAAAAAAAUCAACAAUAAAAUAUCGCUGUAAGGCAAUAAUAAUAACA